AUGACAUUAAGAAUGAGAGGCCAUGACAAUAUUGAGGAGGAGGUGAGUUCAGGCCAUGACUUUGAUGAUGGCCGUAAAGUGGUUAAAGUCGAGUCCCCACUGAGAGAGACUGACGAGUCAGAAUCAGAUGAGAAGAAAGUCCUGGAGUCAGCCAACGAGAGAGAAGUGCUAGGCACCACCACAGAUGAUGAUGGCUACAUGCUACCUUCAUUGGAUCAUCCCAUGGAAAAGAAAAUCCUAAAGAAGAUGGAUCUUUUCAUCAUCCCAUUGUUGGGUCUGAUGUACUUCUUGUCUAACUUGGAUAAGUCAAAUAUUGGUAACGCCGAAGUGGCGGGCUUGUCCAAGUCCAUUGGCUUGAAGGGUAAAGAAUAUAACAUCGCAGUGACAGUGUUCUUCGGUACCUACAUUGUUUUCGACCCAGUCGGAGCUAACCUACUGAAGAUCAUGGGCCCAAACAGGAUGAUGAGUUCAUGUCUACUUUGUUUCGGUGCCAUCUCUCUUGCCACUGCUUUCAUAAAAAACUACGGUCAAUUGCUAGCUGUUCGUCUAUUACUGGGUAUGUUCGAAGGUAUGAUCUACCCUGCCAUUAACAUGUACCUAUCUGUGUGUUACAGAAGAGAACAAUACGCUGUGAGAUUUGCCUUUGUCUUCACUGCGGCUGCUUUGUCAUCUGCGUUUGGUGGUUUGAUCGCAUACGGCUGUUCGAAGAUUCACGGUUCCUUAGAAGCAUGGCAAUACAUCUACAUUGUUGAAGGUGCAAUCUCAAUUGGAUUUGUACCAGUAUACAUUUGGGGUUUAGGUAGAAAACUAGAAGACUCUUGGUUUUUCACUGAAGAAGAAAGAGAAUAUGUUAUAGAAAGAUACAACACCAUGAACACCUUCAACCCGGAUGAGAAAUUUGAAUGGUUCCAAGUUUGGCUAGCUGUUAAGGAUAUUAAGACCUGGGUAAGCGCAAUUGCCUUGUUUGGUAUUGAUUUAACCACAUUCGGGUUAACAGUGUUUUUACCUAUCAUUGUUACAAGUUUAGGUUUCAGUCAUGUUAGAGCACAAUUAAUGACAGUGCCAGUAUACUUCCUAACAGCUGUUGUUUUCUUCGUCUGUGCCAUUUGGUCUGACAAACUGAAAUUAAGAAGUCCGUUUAUUAUCGGUGCAUGUUUGACAACAAGUAUUGGGCUGGCAAUUGUUUUAGGUUCUACAGUGCAUGGUGUGAGAUACUUUGGUGUUUUCAUUCUAUGUAUGGGUAUUUAUGUCAAUGCUGCUUGUAACUGUUUAUGGUUGAGUGGUAACAAUGGUAACUACUUUAAGAGAGCUACAGCAUUAGGUAUAAAUCUAUUCAUUGGUUCAGGCUCAGGUUUAGUAUCAGGUCAAAUCUUCUUGGCUAAAGAUAAACCAAGAUAUAUCAUGGGUCUUUCAUUGUGUCUUGGUUUCCAAGUCUUAUCCAUUGUUAUGACAGCUCUUCAAUUCUACUUGUACUAUAGAUCCAACCAGCAAAAACAAAAGAUCAUCGAUCAUUGUCAUGAAAUUGGUGAACCAAUUCCUUAUGAUGAAAGAUUAAGUGAUCUGAAUCCUGAAUUUAAAUACAUGUAUUGA